AAUAAAAAAGGUAUGAAAAGGUUAUCCCUGACUCUGUCUUCACUCGGUCGCAUAAUCGUGGUUGCAAUCAAAGCAAACAACCACAUGUCAGACCUCUAAUAUGCGCUUCAUCAUGUCUACAUUUGACUUCCCUUCUACGAUCACCCUCUUUCUCUCGAUCAACAUUCUCAGAACUUGUCCAACCCUACCAUAGGUCUUACUUCAUUUUGUGCUGCAUUUGCAUUUCAAUUUCAAUUUCAAUCUGAAUUUGGUGGUUCCAAUACUUGUUGGAACUCUGGGUUUGAGUCAACUUAGAGUUUGUGUUAGUGUAAUUCUCGAAUUCUUGACUUUUUUUUUACAUCAUAGUUUGCCCACCAGGUGUUUGUUGAAAUGUUUGGACUUCAAUUUAGGGAUUUUUGAGGUGUUUCAUGUGGAGAUCUUGAAUUUCUGUGCUGGGUUUUUGUUGAAAUGUUGGGAAUUUAGGUUACUGAUUGAUAAAUCAUUAAUUUGGUUGGUUUUAAAAUCUUGACAUUCUAGGGUUCUUGAGGUUUGACUGUUUAAGAAUCGGUAUUUUCUGCUAUAUUUUGAUGUUAAUGAUGAGAAGUUGAGUGAAAUUUAGUUGAAUGUUGUUGAAAUGACUUCAACAUCACCUUCUCCUAGCUCUUCACCCUCAUCAAUCCCUCCUGUUUCUUCGUCUUCGAACUCUACGCUUAUUCCGCCUGCGUCUCAGCCCGAUCCAGCUACGGUAACUCCACCGCCCCCUGCUACACCUGCAACUUCCGCUCCCCCUCUUCAAUUGCCGCCACUACCAGUUGCCAAUCCACCACCACCACCAGACACAUCACCACCACCACCACCACCACUGGAUACAUCACCACCUGCAGCACCAGCACCGGCAUCACCUGCAACCACCCCACCAUCACCGCCUCCUGUCACCGCCACUCCCCCUCUCCCGGAUGCUCCGGUUUUGUCUUCACCGCCACCGCCAGACACAACCGCUUCUCCACCAUCUCCAACCGGACCGGACCCAACACCUUCCACACCAUCUCCGCCACUUUCUCCUUCCCCACCGCCUCCCGAGACCAUUCCAUCACCGCCAGCCCCCACCUCCCCCCCUCCACCCCACGCAAACCCACCCGAAAACCCUCCACCAAAUCAGGACCGAACACCCCCUUCAAACGCCUCCAUCACCCCACCAGUUUCAACAACAUCAUCACCGCCUUUGCCAACCUACAAUUCAUCGACCUCCGGAACCCCUGACGUUCAAUUACCAACCUCACGCACAACCGAUACUCACACAACCGGUAGACAAAAUGAUACAUCUGGCGGAUCGAAAACAGGAGGUGUCGUGGCAAUCAGUCUUGCUGUCGGGUUUGUCGCGCUCUCUCUCUUCUUGAUGGCUGUGUGGUUCAAACGAAGACAAAAACGACGAGAUCGUCGCCCUAAUGUUAACUACAUUAUGCCUUCACCGUCUGCUUCUUCCCAAAAAUCAGACUCCCAUUUUCUGAAGUUCCAACCGUCAACUCACCCGUUAGUCGGGAACCCGUCAUUGACUAACUCCGUGUACUCACCAGACCACGGGGGUGUAGGAAACUCGAGGGCGUGGUUCACGUACGAAGAGUUAGCCGAGGCUACAGACGGGUUUUCAGGAAGCAAUCUGUUAGGUGAAGGUGGGUUCGGGUGUGUUUACAAGGGUUUAUUACCAGACGGGCGAGAAGUUGCCGUUAAACAACUGAAAAUCGGUGGCGGACAAGGAGAACGCGAGUUCAGGGCUGAAGUUGAGAUUAUUGGUCGAGUUCAUCAUCGUCAUUUGGUUUCUCUUGUUGGUUAUUGUAUAUCUGACCAUCAAAGGUUGCUUGUUUAUCAAUAUGUCCCGAAUAAUACCCUUCAUUACCAUCUUCACGGUGAAGGCAGACCGGUUAUGGACUGGGCAACGCGAAUUAGAGUUGCGGCUGGUGCAGCUCGUGGUUUAGCUUACUUGCAUGAAGAUUGUCAUCCGCGAAUCAUUCACAGGGACAUUAAGUCAUCGAACAUUCUAUUGGAUGACAACUUUGACGCCCAGGUGGCAGAUUUUGGGCUUGCAAAGAUAGCAAUUGAUUCGAAUACACAUGUCACAACUCGUGUCAUGGGAACGUUUGGAUAUUUGGCUCCAGAGUAUGCUUCAAGUGGGAAGUUGACCGAAAAGUCAGACGUUUACUCAUUCGGGGUAGUGCUCUUAGAGCUCAUCACCGGUCGUAAGCCAGUGGAUGCAUCUCGACCCCUAGGCGAUGUGAGCCUCGUUGAAUGGGCCCGACCUCUGAUCAACCGUGCGCUUGAAACCGACGAUUUUGAAGAAUUGGUAGACCCGAGGCUGGGAAAGAACUAUGUGCAGGUAGAAAUGUUCCGGAUGAUUGAAGCAGCUGCAGCCUGCAUACGCCACUUAGCCCCCAAACGACCUCGAAUGAGCCAGGUGGUUAGGGCGCUAGACUCGAUCGUUGAGUUCACAACAGAUUUAUCAAACGGGAUGAAACCAGGGCAGAGUGAAAUAAUCGACUCGAGAGAACAAUCUGCACAAAUUAGAUUGUUUCAAAGGAUGGCGUUCGGCAGUCAAGACUACAGUUCUGACUUUUUCAAUAAUUCUCAAACCAGUUGGAGGAGUUGAAGAAACAUCGAAUAUGUUUUCCUAACGAAUAUUCCUAACGUGUAACGACAUUGUUUUAACGGGCUGCUGGUAUAUAAGUAUGAUAUGCGCUAGAUUGUAUGUUAUAGGAGACGUGUCAGGGUCACGAUCUGAGUUUGUUUUUGUGAGUUUUUACGCGGUCAGUGGCUGCUGUCUUGAUGAUUCUUUAUGGGAGAUCUUGUGCAUAGUUUUGAAUGUAAA